AUGGGAGACAUGGGAGAUCCACCAAAAAAAAAACGUCUGAUUUCCCUAUGUGUUGGUUGCGGCAAUCAAAUUCACGAUCAGUAUAUUCUGAGGGUUUCUCCGGAUUUGGAAUGGCAUGCGGCAUGUUUGAAAUGUGCGGAGUGUAAUCAGUAUUUGGACGAGAGCUGUACGUGCUUUGUUAGAGAUGGGAAAACCUACUGUAAAAGAGAUUAUAUCAGGUUGUACGGGAUCAAAUGCGCCAAGUGCAGCAUCGGCUUCAGCAAGAACGACUUCGUGAUGCGCGCCCGCUCCAAGGUGUACCACAUCGAGUGUUUCCGCUGCGUGGCCUGCAGCCGCCAGCUCAUCCCCGGGGACGAGUUCGCGCUGCGGGAGGACGGGCUCUUCUGCCGCGCGGAUCACGACGUGGUGGAGAGGGCCAGCCUGGGCGCCGGCGACCCGCUCAGCCCCCUGCACCCGGCGCGGCCGCUGCAAAUGGCAGCCGAGCCCAUCUCCGCCCGGCAGCCGGCCCUGCGGCCCCACGUCCACAAGCAGCCAGAGAAGACCACCCGCGUGCGGACUGUGCUGAACGAGAAGCAGCUGCACACCUUGCGGACCUGCUACGCCGCCAACCCCCGGCCCGACGCGCUCAUGAAGGAGCAACUGGUGGAGAUGACCGGCCUCAGUCCCCGCGUGAUCCGGGUCUGGUUUCAGAACAAGCGGUGCAAGGACAAGAAGCGGAGCAUCAUGAUGAAGCAGCUCCAGCAGCAGCAGCCCAAUGACAAAACUAAUAUCCAGGGGAUGACAGGAACUCCCAUGGUGGCCGCCAGUCCAGAGAGACACGACGGUGGCUUACAGGCAAACCCAGUGGAGGUGCAAAGUUACCAGCCGCCUUGGAAAGUACUGAGUGACUUCGCCUUGCAGAGUGACAUAGAUCAGCCGGCUUUUCAGCAACUGGUCAAUUUUUCAGAAGGAGGACCGGGCUCUAAUUCCACUGGCAGUGAAGUAGCGUCGAUGUCCUCUCAGCUCCCAGAUACACCUAACAGCAUGGUAGCCAGUCCCAUUGAGGCAUGA